AUGUCAGAAACAGAACAACCUUCAACUUCCGACGGAUUAGAUAUUGGAGAAACGAAAGGAGCUACAUCAAUGAACGACGUAACACGCAAAGUAUUAAUGCCGGUCGACGGAAGUGAACAUAGUGAAAGAGCAUUCAAUUGGUAUAUGGAUAAUCUUAUGAAAACAACUGAUGGUUUAUAUCUGGUUCAUAUUGUAGAACCGUUAUCACCAGGAUUGAAUUACAAUCUUGCAAGUAAAUCUCCCUCUAUAAAAGAUGAUUUUUCAAAACAUCUAAAUUCUCUUGUUGAAUCUGGUCGUGCGUUACGUGCCAAAUUUUUUACACGUUGUGAAGAUAGUGGUUUAUCAGCAAGAUUUACCAUACAUGUUGGUACAAAACCAGGUGAAAAUAUUGUACGUAUCGCCACUGAACAUGGAGUUGAUUUAGUUAUUAUAGGAAAUCGUGGUAUUGGAACAGUAAAAAGAACCUUUUUAGGUAGUGUAAGUGAUUAUGUUUUACAUCAUGCCAAUGUUCCUGUUAUUAUAAUACCACCGCCUAAACAUCCAAAGAAAAAAUAA